AUGGGUAAAUCCCGAGCACAAUGUGAAGGGUUCGAGUUUGAUUCCGAGCUCGUAUGGGCCGACUGGAAACCAGGCAUCAAAUAUGUGAAACACAUUGAUGUGCAAAAUUUGAACGCACGAAGUAUGGAACUUCAGUACAGUCUUCCAGCCACUAGUGAAUUUCAAACAGUAUAUCCGAAGACCCGGAAAAUUGCUGCUGGCGCACUAUUUCGUCUGCCGAUCACUUUUGCACCAGUUAAAAGGAAAUUUCACGAAGAUCUAGUGACCUUUAAAAUCAAAAAUGCAAAUACAUUUUCUGUACACUUACGGGCCACCCUACCCGAAUACGCAAUCAAUAUACCGAAAAAAAUGAACUUUGGUUUUGUUGCAGUUAAUGAAUCCAAGUCACAAAUAUUUUCCAUUCGUAAUCUGAGCUCUCUGGAAACACCGUUUUCAUUGCGCAUUCAAUCCCCAUUUGGAGCUAAUAUUGUCGAGGGAAAUUUAUCUUCAAAGGAGAAACGUAUGAUCGAACUUAAAUUUCAACCACAGGUUGACGCAGCUGCCCGGGUAUCGCCAAUCAGCAGUGAGGUCGGCUUUACCAGAGAUCAAAUUUUUCGUGUCGGACUGACCACAUCGAUAAUCAGACCGGGACAAAAGAUUGAUAUUCCGGUAUACUAUCAACCAAAGGAGACUGGACGAGAUCACGUAGGCUAUUUCAAAGUGAUCACAUCGGAACUGUUUGGUGAAACCAUGGUUAAAUGUACAGGACAAUCUCCAAAAGUCAAUGUGCAGACAUCCGUGGACCAUUUAGUGUUUGAUAUCGUCCAGCUGGGUCAGUACGAUCAGCGUGUGUUACAUAUUCAGAACACCUGUGGUUUACCAACCUCCUAUCAACUGGUAACCAAUGCUAGUACCGGUAAACCAGGCGUAUCGACCAAAGACCGCCAGGAACGAUUUAGCGCUACCGUGUUCCCGAUCAUGGAUGGAUCCGCUACUGGGAUUAUUUCGAGCGGGGAUGAAAUUCGCGUGGUUAUUGGAUUUGUACCUCCUUGGACUGGUCAUUAUCAUCGUCGAUUGGUGCUAUUAGUCUCGAACCAAGCUCCGCUUUUUAUUGACUUGCUUGGGACGUGUCACGAUUUACACGAACAGCCACAUCAUUUAAAGAUGCAACAUUUGCGGAUCAAACAGUCACCGUAUGACGUUCAAUCGGUUCCCUCAGAAAAUGAAAUACAGCCCGCUGAUGACUAUUGUUCAACCAGUCAGAGUGCCUUCGAGGAAUAUGCCCGUGUGAAAUACGUCCUGGAAACUGUGAUUGAACCUCCGCCAAUCUCUAUCGAUCCAGCCUACAUUGAAUUCACUCCGAAUUCGGAAUGCGUACGACACGCAGUACGAUGUGCUCAGUACCAGAUUGAUACGGAACGACUCGGUUUGCCACCACAAGAAAACGGAGCAAGCUACGGACUGACCCGGACCGUAGUGGUACAGAACCAGACAACAGACGUUAUGCUCAUCCGAUGGACUCCACUGCGUUCAAUUCCGCCUUUGAUUUGGAAUAAAUCGAUAGAAACGCGUGACGUGGAUCAACGGAGCGCAGGUGAACGCUGGACGCGGAAAACCACGGGUGCAUUCUUCAUCGAACCAAUGGAAUGUGAACUGGCCGGUGGGGCUUCAUCUAACUUUGUGAUCACAUUUGUCCCAAAUUGUUUAGAUCAAUUUUUUCAUCACGAAUUCGAGGGUUUUGCAGCCUACAAAAUUCAAAGGGAUUGCAGUCUAUGCAGUCCGGACGUGUUGCGUGCGCCGCAUUGUAUCGCUGUCAGCUGCAUUGGUCACACAUUUGCUCCAUCAAAACAACCCUUCAUGCCAGAGUUUGGAAUAGAUCGUCGCAGUAUUCGUUAUCCAUCAAUGGAUGCCGGUGAGACCAGAUUUGAAACAUUUUGUGUGCGCAACAAUAGCGCGCAGCCGUUAGUUGUUCAGCGGAACACGCUUUCGAAACCUGUAAUAGAACAGAAAAAUUUCAUGGGAAAUAGUUGCACUAUCCAGCUUAUUCCGCCAAUUCUACAAAUCCCCCCAAAGUCGGAAUCUAUCCUGGUCGUUCAGUGUGAUGCAAGCCCUACGUUGAAGAAACUGAGUCAACCUGUUCACGAGAAUCAUAGUCUGCAACUGUUGUUCAACAAACGACCGGAUUAUGAGUUGGCUUUACCGGUUAUAGUUGAUGUGAUAAAAGCGGCGGUAGAGUUGGAACACGACGGUGAACUUUAUUUUCCCCCAGCCCAAAUUGGAGCACCAGUGAGGCGCAAAUUUGCAAUUCAUAAUAUGACGUCAUUCAAAACACGAUUCGAGUGGGUUUUAUUGUCACAACACGAGAAGGAACUCUCAGUGACCCCGAAGACUGGUUUACUCCGACCAAAUGAAAUUCAGUAUCACACGUGGACAUUUUGUGCCACAGAAAAUUGUCAACGCGUGUUUACCGCCUAUCUACGAUUUGCUCGUACAGAGCUGGAUCGCACCUUUCCGGUUUGGCCGGAGCACACUGGUCGUGUCCGAUUGCGAGUGAUCGCCAUUGCUGUUCCAGUCCGGUUGCAGAUGGAGCCGAACUCGGCCAAUUGUGAUACAAUUCGGAUCGGUACCCAUUCAUCUGUGCAACUGAAGUUGCGUAACCCGUGUCUGGCUUCCACGUAUUUCACACUGACAACUCAAGUGACCUUAUACGAGGAUAGCAUCACAGAUACACCAUCGUGUCCAAGCGCGGGAAUCUCACAUGAAAUCCCCUCCGCUUGUGAUGAUUUGGUCGGCAUUUUGCCCAGCUCAGGUCUGCUAGCCGGACAGUCCAGUUUACCCGUGCUGGUUACUGUGACACCACCGUUAGCCGGAUCCUAUCGGAUUCAAUUGUUCUAUCAACUUUGGUCGGACGAAACAAGUACGCAGACUGUGACCGUCACACAAACUUCGGACUCGGCAAUGACCUCCGUAAAUUCCUCUUGUUCACUGACGGGGCCUAUACCAAUUGCAAUGCUUAUCUGGAACGCGGUCUAUCCAACACUCCGAAUUACCGAUAUUGCCGGAUCGGGUCUUUUGGAAGCGUAUGGUGCGGUCGAAUUGUGGCGAGAUCUCGGUCUUGACGGUGUGAAUGUCAGUUUAGCUUGUGAGCCUACAUGGAAUGAAUUAAAAGACGCGAUCGGUUCACGAUCAACAUAUCGAGACCAUCCCAAGGCUAAACAGCCUCGCGGACCUGUGCAUGAUAUGUUUCUGGCCGCCGGUACCGCACCGGAAGGGACGGAUCCAUGUGAGUCUACGGUGCGUCUGCUGGUACAGAACACCUCAAAAGUGGAUGCGCGUUUUGCGUUUCUUUUCCCCGAGAAUUUAUACGACAAACUACCCAAUUGGGCAGAAAGUGGAAUGUACUCAGACGAGGAGUUGCAUCAUAUGUAUGUACAGAACAAUCUUUUGUUCAAAAUUCAACCCCGGCGGGUCAAAUUGAAAUCUGGUGAGCAUGUGGAGAUUCAGAUCACAUACAAUCAUCGUAUGACCGGAGCAAAUCAUCUUCCAGUUCUGUGGAAAAUUGACGGUGGACGGGAGAUUCAGCUAAACUUACUCGGCAUCACCUUACCAUUGCAUCAACCCUAUUUGCACUUUGCUCAAAGACGAUACACUUUUCCGGCUGUCCCACUGUCUACUGGGGACAGCCGUCUGGGCUAUCUGUUUCGCAUGCAGCUGCGAAAUCCAAGCGCUCGUGCUGUUCAGUAUCAGGUCUGGCCGCUACAAUGGCCACCGGAUUCCACACAUCCGAAUCGACUGCUUCGACAGAACGCGGAUGAACCCACGGCUGUCGGAGGUUGUGAAUACGAUAUGCCCGUACUAUAUUGUUCUAACCAGAUCGGUGUGGUGGAUGCAUAUGGAUUCGGUCAUUUGGAAUGGCGUUUCCGUCCGUUCGAGGCUAAAUCUUAUUUGGCCUAUUGCCCCAUUCGCAUUCGUGAUGCUCUGGGCGUGCCGAAUUCGGAGAGGGACAGCAGCCGAGAAAAAUACAAUGAUACAAUUUUGUUGGAGUUGGUCGCUAUCGCCUAUGAUCCACGUCAACUCGGAUCUAAACGUGUUCCGGCUCAUCCUCAACGUGUUCAAUUGCCAAGUGCUAAAGAGCGAAAUGGAUUCACUGUGGACGGUGACGCAGAAAUUGCCGGCUUGCAAGCAGAACACACACUCAGGAGACUGGAAUCGGGCGAGUCUGUUUGGGUUCAAUUAUCACAUCAUUUCCUCAGUUUGGGACGAGUGACUUUAGGCGCACGGGUUAGACGGUUAUUUCACAUGAACCACUGUGCUCCGAACAUGUUUGAGAUGCCGACUGAUCAGCGAGCAGUACCAACAUAUCGAUAUUUAUUUUACCCUCGAUUACCUGAAGAUAUGGAGUCACUGGAAAUUCAUCCCCAGUUCGGUCACAUACGUCCCGGCCAGUCCAUACAGAUCGAAGUCACGUUUACCGCCCUCGGUAUCCCGCGAAUUGUGGACAUUGAGCUCACCUGUGAGCUUCGAGAUGAGGCUCUGGAACAGGCUUACGAGAAUGCCAUGACUGUAUGGCAAGCCGAUUGUGAACGACGGCAAGUGGAGUUUACGUACACGGAUAAGAACCCAUUGAAUGAACUGAAUCGGGGCGGCAGAGACCGUUGGUUCAAACGAAUUACUUCCGAAGGUGAUACAAUUAAGAACCAGCCAAUGGCACCGAAACCUCAUUUCUUACAUCUUACACUAGGUUUGGAGGUGGUCAGUCACGAAGAAUUGCAGCUCAACUGGCCCGAGACGUGGAACACUCAGUUCAUUGACAGCACAUUAUUAUUGCAACCGAUUCACACGAUGGCUCCUGUGCUGAACGGUAGUGGCCCUUUCAGUCCAGUGCAACAGCAGUGCUGUGUAGCAAUGAUCUCUUCCGUCGUAUCCGGAUUGCUACACGAUCCGGAUUUUGUUGAGCUGAUUAAACAAGCCACCUAUUCGGAAUCCAACGCAUCCGGAGAUGACCCCGUCCCAUUCUUUGUGCAGUUCCGUGACAGAAAUUGUUCCGCACAAAUGUCGAACAUCGAGCAAAACGAUCGCGAUAGAACCCCGACCGUGGAGCCAGUCGGAGAGAAAUCUAUCCAUAUGGUGAUGCAGACGCAACCAUUCGAAUUUGACACGUGGUUGACAGACACAGAACAGCACCAUGACCGGCUUGUUACGGACGGCCUGAACGACUCAGGUGAAGAAGAUGAGAUCUGUAUGAACAACCCGGGGUUUCGGAGUCUGGCUGAAACGACAAUCGCACAGAUAUUGCGUAACAUUUUGACAGAAGCCAAUGUACAUGAGAUCGAGCUGACAAGUCGGUUCCGUGCGAUUGUCCUACCGCCAAACGCCGACUUUGGUCAACUGGACAGGGAGAACGGCGACAGUUACAGCUCACGUGACGUCAGGACGCAAAGCCCGAAAUAA